AUGUCAGACUCAGACUCCCCAGCAGAGGACUUGGUCAACAACAAGAAUGCGGACGUCAUGAGACGGGCGUUGCUGAAGAAGAUGUCGGAAAGGAUGGAAUCCUUACCAGAAGGGGAUUGUUUGGGGACAGACGACAGUGACGUGGAGGAAAACGCAAAACUGAAUCGAACAAGCGAUUCCUUCAAAAUAGCAGACGACGGUUUGGUUGAGACGCUCAAGAAUGAAUUGGCUGUUGCAAAGGCGUUCAUCGAACAUCUCCGGAAACAGAAAGUCCGACAACGAAAGCGUAUGCGCAGCGUUGAGAUGCAGCUUAACGAAUUUGAUGAUUACCGGGUGCACCUCAAAACAGAUCUGGUAUCGAUGAACGAAACCAUCAACAAACACAAAGAAACGAUAAGAGACUUGGAGAAGCAGCUGACCAAGAAGACGAAUAGUGAAUGUAGCCUGAUGGACGAGAUAGAGUUGUUGAAGCUGGAGAUAGCGUGUCUCAAGGAUAACAAAAAGGGGUUGGAUGAUCAUUGCAAGGAGCAAGAAAACAAGCAACGAAUAUUACAGACUCAGCUCCACAAUUACUCGGAUCGCUGCGAGUUUCUUGAACGGGAAAAUGAUGACUUGAAAUCGAGAGUUUAUACUGCUGAAAAUGAUAACGCCAUUUUGAAAUCGCGUGUCCAGGACAUGGAAGGGAGCAUUCUCGAAUUUUCCAUGAGUCGUCAACAAUUGUUGCAGCAACAGCUGAUGGCUUUGAAGCAGACGAUUCGAGACGUCGAGGCUCAGAAAGGAACUUUAGAACAACAAUUGAAACUGAAGAAGAAGGAGCCGACGACAGAGUCGGAACCAUUUUAUAAGGACAAGUGCCAGAUGAUGGAUAAAGAUUUCGUCUGCCUGAAACAGCAGAUCAAGGCUUUAGUCGAACAGAACAUACAGCUGCAAGAGAAAAUAGACAGACAGGCACGAAAGAUAUACUGACAGAACCCU